AUGGGAUGUUCGAUAAAUAAGAAAAAAUUAUCCUAAUCUACCUCAAUAAAUAGUACUAAAACAACUAAUGACAAUUUUGAACAAUACUUAAAGAGUGUAGGCUCAUUAGUAGAAUUUAACGAAAUUAGAAAAGGAAAGGUUUCUUAUUAAAUAUCGAAAAAUCCAAUAAUACAAAGGAGAUUGAAUAAAUCCAAAGAGAAACUUGAUGAUAUAGACUAGGACAAGGUUUUUGUUAACUGA